CAUGAGACGAGUCGUAGUUUGCUUGUGUCGCAAGGAGAAAAAGGGCGAAAAACAAGUUGGAAAAACAAGCAAAAAGGAGAAGCUCGCGUUGGAUCGACCAUCGAAUUUUGCAAAUCCUUGAGGCUCCUCAAGUCUCACACGAUUCGAGAUUCGAGUCGCUGGUAAUUGCACUGCCAUAGCCAUGUGGGUGGAGCUCCUGUGCGGCCUGGUGUUGUACAAGAUCAUUCGCCGAUUGUUCGACGGAGACGACGCCAUACCGGACGUCGAUAGCUCUGAUUCCGACGCCAGCUUCGUCGUCGCCACUAGAUUGGAGAAGAUCUUUAAGGGCAAGGCGUUCGUUGGGCUUCGGAUUCCCGACGCUGAUGCAGGCACUCGACAGCACAUAGAUGUUGUGAUUGUUACCAAGAGGGAAGUGAUGGUGGUAGCAAUUCGGAAUUUCUCCGGAUUUGUGGAGGUCAGUGGAGAUGGGAACUGGGUCUGUACAAGUGACAAAAAGCACAAACCUAAGACGUACCCAGAUCCAGUGAUUGAAGUUAACAGGCAAAUAGAAGUUCUUGAAUCAUACUUGGAACAAAGGGGGGCAAUUUUGCCUAAAGGACAUGUAAUUGGGCGUGUCAUACUUCCUCAUUCAAAUUGUAGGCCUUCCUAUUCCAUUUCUUCGCAACUGGAGGUGGUUACUUCUGAUAAAUGGAAUGAGCUUAAACCAGAAUCAGCAAGUGGAUUAUCUAACUGGAUCAAAGGUGCAGUUGGCAAGAAUGAUAGAACAGAUUGGUUUGAAAAACUUCAGUUUAUCCUGAGUACAUCGCCCAUGUGGGAUCGCUUAGAACUCAAAGGUGACAGAAAUAUUCUUGGCGAGUUCCUUGAGUUUAAGGCUAACCAUGAUGACAUGCAAGCUUUAAGAAAUGUGAAGAGAUCAAAAGUUGGCCACUUCAUUGUCCAAAAGCCGAGUAUGCUGGGUUUAGGUAGAUCGAGGCUCCAGGUACUAUACUUUCCUCGAGACUAUCGAAGUGGUGGUGCUUCAUCUUCAGAAUGGAAGGAGGCUGCAGUGAAGCCAAGUACAGAGGUCUUAUUUCAGCCAAUGAACUCCAAGAAAGCACAGAAGUUCAAGCUUUCGAGCAUUGUAAGUGUCACUCUUACGGCAUAGGCUCAUGCCUUUCGAGCUACCAGCACACUUUACUCUGAAUCAAUUCCCAUAAAUUACAUGAUGUAUUGAGUGUAAUGUUUGUAUAUAAAAGACCUGUGGCUCAUUCUCGAGUAUCAUGGCAUGCAAUAUUUUCAUCUUGGAACAAGCUGGAUGGUCUGAAAUUUUCAUCUCUUGAGCUAAAUAAUAACUCAGUUAUGUUUCUUCCAUGAAA